CAACAGCUCAAGGGUCACUAGCCAUGUCAUCGAAAUGGCAGAGGCUGCAUGUAUCCAAUCAGGGAUCAAUACCGCCCCUUUUGUUCAGAUACUCCCUGACGCAGGACGGAUAUGAGUUGUAUAUGACGGACCUCACAUACAUCUGGUCGGAACAUCUAGACCGCCAGCAUAUUCUGCAAAGAGCCGAUGAAGAUAACACGACUAUCGACCCCAGUGAGGAUGCCGAGCAGCUUGGUAUACUCCUGGACAAAGUAGGCGAGGCGCUGCGCAACGAGGCUGGAAGCAGCACGGUGCUUACCCACGGGUCUUUCGGUGAUUCUCUUCAACUGAUCACCUCGACAAAGCUCCCCUCUCCACUCAGACCUCUGAAAUGGACCAUCUACCUGGCUAAGGAGCCACAAUCCUCGUCGACUCGUCAGCUCCUGUUGCCACUUAUCAAGGCGGAGGCUGGCUGGGCGUCGCGUCAGCAAACUCUCAUAGACCAGCUCAAGAGGAAAGACUGGGCGCUGGGAAAGCUAUUUGAUAAACUCGAAGCUAUGGGAAUUGAACUCAGUACUAUCUUCCCCAAUGCAAAGGGUGUGCGUGGAAGUCACAAGGGCUCAAUGCUCUCGCUGGCUGCAGGUCACAUCAAAGGAGUGGCGCCUUUCGACGAACAGGCCUGGUUGGACGAAACCAACACGUCCUCUGAUCUCGGAUUUGCAUCCAACAUCCUGACAGAGACAGCCGGAUCUGGCUUCGGUGACACCAGCCAUUUUGAAAACUUAAACCCACCACCAGAUGGGUGGUGGGAGAAACUCACAACUGCUGUCGUUCGCACAGCCGAAACAUCCCCCGAGUAUAAAGAAAGAAGCCAACCCGUCAUUACCAGACCACCUAACGAUCCUAUGGACACCGAAACGGACAACGACGCAGAGACUGAAGAUGACGAAUUUGAGCGACAAGAAACACCCCCAAGACUGAGACGACCACCCGUCGCCAAAGCCAAACCAGCUUCUCCAAAACCAGACGAAGAGACGGAAAGCGAUGGCGCAGACUUCGAAGAAGAGCACGAAGUAGUUAAACCGCCACAGCCGAAACCUCCCGCAAGACCGUCAAGAGGUCUCGGAAGGAUAGGAGGCAAGAAACCUCAACCACCACCAGUAUCAAAACAAAAAUCUCCACAAUCCCCACCACAAUCAAACACCAACGAACCCUCACGAGCCCCCAAAUCACCCUACCAGCCAGACAGCGACAACGACAGAACAGAAACAGACUCAGAAAACCCACCCUCCCCACCCCCAAAACCCAAACCAUCAACCACCAAACCCAAACCCCGCGGAUUAGGCGUAAUAGGCGGCAGAAAGAUAGAAAAGCAGCCCUCUCCUCCACCCCCACAACAAUCAGAAUCCCACCCCCAACCCCGAAAACCGGGAAAACUGGGCCUCAUCGGAGGCAGAAAGACCGUUCCUGUUCCUGCUCCCGCUACGACUCGCCACGCAGACCCGACUUCACCUUCUCGCACCGAAACCGCGUCGGAAGAUGAAGCUGAUGAUAAAGAUUCAAAUGAAAAUGCAAAUGCCCCAAGAGUUUCUAGUUCUCCUGGACAUCAUCGACUGAAGAUGUCAUCUACACCAGCACCAGCACCAGCACCACCAGCAGCGCAACCAGAGCCCGCACGUGAAGAAACCGAACAAGAGCGAGCGGACAGAAAGCGUGAUGAGUUGAAGAGACAGCUUGAGGCGAAGAGCAAGGCGCCGGCUAAGAAGAAGAGGAAGUUUUGAGGUGAGGUGAGGUAACUAGGUUUAGCUCUUUUGGUGGGAUGUUGGGGAUUAGAUGAUGGAUGUGGUUCUUUCUUUCUUGCUUGCUUGCUUGCUUGCUUGCUUGCCUCUGGGGGCUUGGAAUUGGG